AUGGCACCCUCCUCGUUCAAGCUCAACACUGGCGCUGAGAUCCUCGCCGUGGGUUUCGGAACAUGGCAAGCCCCGCCCGGCCAGGUCGCAAAGGCCGUCGAGAUCGCCCUCAAGUCCGGAUACAAGCUCAUCGACGCAGCCUACUGCUACGCCAACGAGGACGAGGUCGGCCAGGGCCUCAAGGCGGCCUUUGACUCGGGAAUCAAGCGCGAGGACAUCUUUGUCGUCACCAAGCUCUGGAACACGUACUCGACCCGCGUCGAGCUCUGCUUGGACAAGUCCCUCAAGGCCCUGGGCCUCGACUACGUCGACCUCUACCUGGUGCACUGGGCCGUCGGCAUGAACCCCAACGGCACGCGGCCCGACGGCGGCGACGCCGACCGCUUCCCCCUGCUGCCCAACGGCGAGCGCGACAUUCUCUGGGACCACGACCACGUCGAGACGUGGAAGCUCAUGGAGGCGCUGCCCCAGACCAAGGCCCGCGCCAUUGGCGUCUGCAACUACAGCGAGACCUACCUGACCAACCUGCUCAAGCACGCCAAGAUCGUGCCCGCCGUCAACCAGAUUGAGAACUCCCCGCUCCUGCCCCAGCAGGAGGUCGUCGACCUGUCCAAGAAGAAUGGCAUCCACAUCAUGGCCUACAGCCCGCUUGGCAGCACUGGCGGUCCCUUGCUGGAAAGCGAGCAGGUCAAGUCGCUGGCCAGCGCAAAGGGCGUCAGCCCGGGUGCCAUCUUGCUCAGCUACCACGUCGCCAGAGGAAGCACAGUGCUGGCCAAGUCGGUGACCGAGUCGCGCAUCAAGGAGAACCUCAAGAUUGUCGACCUCGACUCGAAAGACCUCGACGUCCUGGCUCAACUGACCAAGGAAAAGGCCCCCGUGCGAUAUGUAUACCCUCCAUUUGGCAUCAACUUUGGCUUCCCGGACAAGCAGGAAGGAAAGGCUCUGAAGAACGGAGUGUCUGCAUGA